AUGAAUCUACAGAAAUUACAAACACAGAGAGAGGGCCAUCGACGUUUCGUUGACAGAUAUCUCAUCAAAAUUGAGCAGGCGAAGGAGAAUUCGUCAUUACUGGAGUUUAACGCUAUUCUAGAAUCAGUUGAAGCCAAGGUACAAAUACUAGAGACACUUAACGAGAAAAUACUUUCAAACACAGAAAUCGAGUGUAUAGAAGACGAGAUAUUCCAAGCAGAAGAGUAUUCACUACAGCUGGAGAUAAAGUUGCGUCAACUCAGAGAAUUCCGAAAUCAACAAGAGAAGUUUUCUACAACGUCACUUCCCCGAGAAGAUCAGCAAACAUCAAGAGAAAUACAUGAUCAGGAGAAUUCUAGAGAGUCAGGUGAUCAGCAAAGUUUACGGGAGAGAGAUGGACAGCGAAAUGGUAACGCCUCAAACUCAGAAGAUAGGUAUUUCAACGACAGAAAUGUGAGUAAUAAUUCGUAUAAUCAAUUUUACAGAUUACCUAAAAUUUCCCUGCCAACAUUCAAUGGCGAUAUAUUAACAUGGCAAUCAUUCUGGGAUUCUUAUGAGUCUACCAUACAUAUGAACAAUAACCUUACCGAUGUGCAAAAGUUUAGUUACUUGAAAUCACAACUUGAAGGAAAAGCAGCACAAGUGAUUGAAGGAUUCGCCAUGGCAAAUGUUAACUACAUCCGGGCUGUUGAUCUACUCAAAGAAAGAUUCGGACAGCAACAUAAGAUAAUGCACGUAGCCAUGCAAUCCUUGUUGAAAUUACCUGCCCCGUCAAACAGAGUUACUAGUUUGAGAAACUUUUAUUAUAAAAUGGAGACAUUCAUACGUAGUUUAGAAGCCAUGGGACAGUGUCAAGAAAGUUAUGGUAGCUUGUUAGUGCCUGUUGUGUUAGAAAAAUUACCAAGUGAAAUUUGA